UUUAAGUCGACGUUUCUGCGCUGAAUUGAUGCUGACCUUAUUCAUGCUGAUCUCAACGGCGGUAAGUGUGACCGGAUAUCGCAGCCCAGAGACCAUCCGCAAUCUUAGAUGAAUGGCUCCAGUAUGCAAACAUGGCUCCGCGCGCGCGAUGGAGCAAUGAAUGCACCAGCUGGCCAGACGCAGCCGAGACGGGUCCCAGCACGCAGGAGGAGAUGCCGAGCAGAGACGAGCCACAAUGUUCGCCACUGCUGCACCCUCAUCUGCAGCCCCUGCUGGCCGGCGACGAGGAGGCGAUCUAUUGGGCCCUGCGGGGCCUCCACGUGGCACACAAGCCCGCGACGCACGGGCGCGGCCCACGGAUUUCAGUCUCCGAGAGGAGGGAUCCCGCAACGUUCGCGGCAUUGCUCGAGCUUGGCCUCCAGGCCAACGACGAGGACGAGAUCUGCGUCGAGCCCGAGGGCCUGCAGAGCCCGUCCUCCUCUGCCAGGGCAGCCCUCAAGGUCAGACUAAAGAGGGUCGCCGGCAAGGCCAGGCGAGGCUCGGGCGCUGGGUGCGCCCGAGCAGAGGCGAUCAUUCAGGGCGACAGCUCAGGCCCCGACCCCAGUGAGGCAGAUCCUGCUGUCCAGGCGGGUGCAGCCUGCCAGGCUCGCCAAAGGGACGCACGAGAGCACUUCAUGGUGCGUGCUCUGUCGCGGCUGGGUCCAGAGCUCGAGAGCAACGCGGAGGUGAUAUACUUGUUGCUGCGAAGCCACCAUGUUCCACAGCAUCAAGGCGACGGCCCACGGAUUACGGUCUCCAAGCGGACCGACCCCGAGACGUUCGCGGUGUUGGUCAAAUUUGGAUUUCAGGCCACCGCCAAGAACGAGGUCAUCGUGGAGCCGCAGCCAGAGCAGCGCCCGAAGAAGGUCGGCGCGGAAGGCCUCACGCAUCUAGACCCGCGAGCACGAAGAGCUCCGGCCCCCCGUGCGAGCGCGCCGACUUCCGCUGAGGCUACCGGCUCCCGCUGGGCCGCCUGUCAGCUCGGGCCCACCCUCCGCAUCCCGGCCGCGCGCCCUGCUCCGAGCCCUCACUCGGCGCCGCCCGCCGCCGCGGGGAUCGCGGCGCCGCGCGCGCGCGAGAGGGCGGCGAGCGCGGUGCCGCGCAGCCGCAGCAGCACGUCAGCCGCGCCUGGCGACGGAGCGCCGAGCGCGGCGCCGAGCCACCGAGCUGCCGAGCCGGGGAGCGCCCCAGGCAUGCCACCGAGCCACCACGGACGCUCGCCGUCGCCGAGCCACCGCGGGAGCCUUGCCCCGAGCCACGGCGCGGCCAGCGCGGCCACCGUGCUUGCGCCAGGCCGCGCCGUGGUUGCAGGGCUGACCGCUCUCGCGCCGCCAGAGUGGUCCAGGCAGCCCAGCGCGGCCAGCUCGGCGGGCCUGGCGCGAGCCCCGCAAAGCGUUGCGGAGCAGCAGGAGGCGGCGGAAGGCCCCCGCCGCCUGGAGCCUCCACCAGAGGCUCCAGGAGGGUCUCUGUGGGCCGGCCUGCGCCCGCGGCACCUGGAAAGCUUCCAAAGGCCCGGUGCUUCCAGCAGGGGCCGGCUGCCUCCGCACCGGCGGGCGCCACUCUCCGCGCCGGGAGGCGACGCCGACAGGGUCGACCCUUGCCUGGCCUACUGGUGUCCGAAGUCUCCUCGCUGGUGGGCCCCGGUGCAGGCCGCCCAGCGCGUGACCGCCGAAGCCCAAAGGGGCCUCUGCGAGAGGCUGGCCCAGAGGCCCCCGCCGCGCGCCCGCGAGCCCGAGCCGCGGGCCGCGCUCUACGAGAUGCCCGAGCCCCGGCUGCUGCGCCUGAAGCGCGAGCAGAGUAGGCGGUGCGACCAGCUCUCCCGCCCGAGGUCGGCCCCCACGCUGCAGCGCGCCCGGGCGCGAGACGGGGCGCCGAACGGCAUCCGCCCGGGGGCACCGCCGCCGGGCGCAUUGUCGGAGGCGCUGCCGGCGGCAGCAGCCGCGCGGUUGCCGCAGCGCGCCCCCGCGGUGCCGUGGCGGUGCCGCCCACGCCAGUGA